AUGGCAGCGUAUGAAUCAAAGACAAGUGAAGCUGGCUCAAGUUCAUCAUCAACAGUACGUGGCAGGCCUACUGUUGUUACUGUUAGCCUUAGAUAUAGUGGUGGUGGUGGUGGUGGUGUGCCUGUGUCUAACCAAAGCUUCACGCCGCUAAACUCUGCCUUCCCCAACAAGACAACAUUACUUGGCAGGUGUCCAGGCCGGGUGCCCUGCUGGGCUCUGACGUGGCUCCAUCUGGUCGGCUGCCCAGAGGGUUCCUGCAGUGGAGGGGUGAGGCCGGGCAGCAGCAUGAGUGAACAGCAGCAACAGCAGUCUGCCUCAAGUGUGGGGAGGUCCGGGCAUGGUACCAAGGAUGACCUGGAGGCAGGCAGCUCCACCCACAGAGGAGAGAGAAAGUUUGUGUGUCAGCAGUGUGAUAAAACUUUUACAUCCAGAAUAGGACUCAGACAACACAUCCUGAGACACAGUGGUGUUAGAAAUUAUGAGUGUCAGGAAUGUGGAAAGAAAUUCAUCACAAAGUCUGAACUCACCAGACACACCCUGACACACAGUGGUGUUAGAAAUUAUUAUGAGUGUCUGCAAUGUGGAAAGAAAUUCACCACGAAGGGUUACCUCACCACACACACCCUGACACACAGUGGUGUUAGAAAUUAUGAGUGUCUGGAAUGUGGCAAGAAAUUCACCCGAAAGGAGUGUGGCAAGAAAUUCUUUACCAUUGGUGAUCUCAACAGACACGCCUUCAGACACACUGGCUUGAGGGAGUUCAAGUGUGAUGUUUGUGGCAAGUGUUUCAAGACUAAGGUAUUUGCUGCUCGACACAGCCAGGUGAAGCACGCCUUCAGUGGGAACUGGUCUCCUGAGGGUGUCACCAAGGCUCUCCAUCUCCAGCAGGAUGUGGCGGGGGUCAAGAUGGCAGGCAAGCAAGGAAGACGUUGGUGUGUGUUGGAUGCCUGCGUGACUCCAUGCUACGCUGGCCUGCCACACCACAGGAUACAUUGA